UAAAAACUGAUAUCUGACGCGGGACUUGUUUCUCUUGAAUCUUGCUUUCUAAACUCACAGUCAGUGUUACUGGUUUACCUUACUGGUUUACUGAAGUCCACAAGAUGAGUGUUUGUGUGGAGGAAGAGGAGGACAGAGCAGAGCCUCCAGUAUCCAACGUUCUGUCUAUGAAGAGUGACCAGCACAACGAUCAUUUUCCGACCUUCAGUAAUAAACCUGGACCCUCAAACACAAAAGGUCAGACAGACCACAGACAGAGAGCAAAGUCUCCAGCAUCAGACUGUCUGUCUAUGAAGAAUGACUGGUCCAGAGAUCAUCCUCCAACCUUCAGGAAUGAACCUGGACCCUCAGACACAAAAAUGAAAUACUGCAGUUUGUCAGAGAUCAGCUGUGCUCCUCUCGCCUUAGCUCUGAAGUCCGACCCCUCCCAUCUGAGAGAUCUGGAUCUGAGUAACAACAAAAUACAAGUUUCAGAAAUGAAGCUACUGUGUGAUUUUCUGGAGAGCCCACACUGUAGACUGGAGACUCUGAGAAUGAUGAAAUGCAGCUUGUCAGAGAUUAGCUGUGCUUCUCUGGCCUCAGCUCUGAAGUCCAACCCCUCCCAUCUGAGAGAGCUGAAUCUGAGUAAAAACUUCAGUCUGAAGGAUUCAGGAACGAAGCUGCUGUGUGAUUUUCUGGGGAGUCCAAACUGUAGACUGGAGACUCUGAGAUUGAGGUUGUGCAGUUUGUCAGAGAUCAGCUGUGCUUCUUUGGCCUCAGCUCUGAAGUCCAACCCCUUCCAUCUGAGAGAGCUGGAUCUGUGGGGAAACUACCUGUCGUCUUCAGAAGUGAAGCUGCUGUCUAAUCUGAAGGAGAGUCCAUACUAUAGACUGAAGAUUCUGAGAUGGGGGUGGUCUCUGUAAGAGUGACUGAAUAUCCAGGAGUUCGUGUUGAGAGAGGAUCAGCUAUAUCCUGAUGAUCCAGAGAGGGUGAAGCAGCAGCAGCAGCUUGUGUGUAGAGAGGCUCUGACUCAGCCAUGUUACUGUGAGGUAGAGUGGAGAGGAGGGCUUCAUCCAGCAGUGACUGACAGAGGAAUCAGAAGGAGUGGAGAUGACUCUCAGUGCUGCAGUCUGAACUGAUCUGAGAACAGCUCCACUGUCAGACACAAAGUCAAGUCCACCAUCAUCCCUUUGUGUUCCUCUGGAUCUGACAGAGUAUCAUCAGUGUAUCUGGACUGCUCUGCUGCUGCUCUGUCCUUCUACACAGUCUCUGCAGACACACACAGACUCCUCCACUCAACCACCUCCUCCACCCUCCUCCUGGACCUGAGUCUGAGUCUGGAUUUUGGUCCAUGUGGAUCAUCUCCAGCAGAGGCUCGUUUAGAAAGACUUGUAAAAAUAAUGUCUUUGUAUUUAAGUUUUAAAUGCCUCUUUACUGUCAAACAUGUGAUCAUAUGUAUCUGUUGAAACCAGAGUGACACUGCAGAUUAUUGCAGAAUCACUUGACACCAUAACCAUUAAUUUACAGAAUUUACAGGAUUGUACAUAUCAGAGAAUAUUAUAUAUCAACAUAUAAUAUUGAGUAGGCUAGUAGUGUGAUGCGUGAAACAAACAUCCCUCAGGAUUAUGUGAGAUCUGUCAAUUAGAGGAAUCAGUGCAGCAGGUAAUUUUUCACUGCUAUAAAUACUCUUGAGAAUGAGAAGCACUAAAGAUGGAAAUCAGGAAGCUUGAAGUGGAAGAAAUGAGUCUAAAAAAUGUAUUUGCCAUCAGGUUAGUGAGUCUAUUCCAUUAUAUGAAAGAACUGGCUGAUCAAAAGAUUUAGUGUUCAGUGAAAUAUAGGAGAUGGGUCAUAACAUUUCUGAUAUGCAAGAAUGUUUGUUGCUUCACAUCUAUGAGAC